AUGAUGAAUGCUUUAUCCUUCAGAUGCAUGAGCCGCAAGGGGAAAAUGAAAAAGGAGAAAAAGAAUCUCGAAAACAUAGAUGAAGAUGCAGUUCCCUUUGGUGAAGACAAUGUUAGACAAGUGAUAAGUAGCGACCCAACUAGGCAAGAAGCUUGCACGUGGCUCGGAACAUUUGAUAUGGCAGAGGAGGUGGCGAUGGCUUAUGGCCAAGAUGCAUUUUCAUUGUUGUCGUCCUCCCUGACUUCAGGUCCUUCAACAACAUGGCAAGAGAAAAAUGAGCUGGAGUAUCUGGAUGAUAGUGUGUUGGAGGAACUUCUUGAAUCAUCGGAAGAACAGCAGAAGAAAUAA